GAUGACUGUCAGUGGAUAUGCAUUUCCAACAUUUCAUAUUACAUUCUGGUACGAGAAGUUGACAGAAAAAUGUGAAAAGUAAGAUUUUUUUAAGGCAGACUUUUUUAUGCGCCGAACUGAUUUGAAUAGCUGCGCGGGCCACCUUAAGCACGUCUCUGAUGUCAACAGCAAUGAGAGCGAGACUCCAGCCUUAUAGCGCUUCUCUGACCUGAGUAGUGUUCAGCGGUUUGAAAUGUUUAUCUUCGCGUCAGUCUCUGCGCAAUUUUCGUAUUUUCCCCGAUUCAUGGUUAUUUCAGUCUGCGAGACAAGUCUGUUAGGCUAUUCCGUGGCACUUUGCGACACUACCUGAGCCAAAUUUCUGCCCGACAAGAGAAAGGUCCCUCCUCCGAGGAGAGAAGGAGAGCACCAUUGGACACCAGCGACUGGCCCACCUCUGGGAAGAGACGUGUUGACCCAAUUCCACAGAGACGCUGAAUCUGCAGCUACGUCAAUCACGUCUUCACCACUGGCUGCGGGGCGACCAGGGUGGCCGGGAUGCCACUGUGUGCCCUGCCAGUCCACGGUGGAUGCUGAGGGGCAGGAGGACGGAGUGGUGGGGACGAAGUGUAGCAGGCUGGGAGGGCACCACACAUCUGGAGACAUGAAUCUCUGCUGGAACGAGAUCAAACGCAAAUCCCACAACAUCCGGGUGCGGCUAGAGGCGUUCUCCGACAACAGUGGGAAGCUGCAGCUCUCCCUGCAGGAGAUCAUAGACUGGCUGACGGCCAAGGACGAGGAGCUGUCGGAACAGCUGCCCAUAGGGGGCGAUGUGGGGGCCGUCCAACACCAAAGGGAGUUCCACCAGGUCUUCAUGGAGGAUGUCAAGUCUCGGGGGCCCUUCAUCUACUCGGUGCUGGAGUCUGCCCAGGCGUUCCUGACACAGCACCCCUUCCAGGAGCCCGAGGAGACGCUGCCCGACGGAAAAGAAGUGUCUCCAAGGAAACGGAUCCUGAACGUGAGUCGCUCAGUUUGGAAGCAGGCCAAUGUAACCAGUGACCUGUGGGAGAAGCUGACUGCCCGCUGCGUGGACCGACACAGGCACAUGGAGCGGACCCUGGAGCGACUGCUGCAGACGCAAGCAGCCAUGGAGGAGCUGGCAAUGGCCCUGGAGCAAGCUGAGGGCGUCCGGGAUGCAUGGGAGCCUGUAGGGGACCUCUUCAUCGACUCCCUGCAGGACCACAUUGACGCCACCAAGUUGUUUAAGGAGGAGCUGACGCAGGUGAAAGAGGGCAUGAAGCACAUCAAUGACCUGGUUCAUGAGUUGGCCAUCUCUGACGUCCAUUUGUCCAUGGAAAACUCCCGCUCCCUGGAGCACCUCAACAGCCGCUGGAAACUACUGCAGGCCUCCAUUGAAGAGCGUCUGAAGCAGCUGCAAGAUGCUCACAGAGACUUUGGCCCUGGAUCCCAGCACUUCCUGUCCAGUUCAGUGCAGAUACCCUGGGAACGUGCCGUCUCUCCAAACAAAGUGCCCUACUACAUCAACCAUCAGGCCCAGACGACGUGCUGGGACCAUCCAAAAAUGACGGAGCUGUACCAGGUGCUGGCGGAUCUGAACAACAUCAAGUUCUCAGCGUACCGGACAGCCAUGAAGCUGCGGCGGGUGCAGAAGGCUCUGAGAUUGGACCUGCUGAGGCUGGUGAGUGUGGUGGACGUGUUCAGGGAGCAGGAUCUGCAGCAUGGGGAACAUGUGAUGGAUGUGGUGGAGAUGAUCCAUGCCCUGACUGGCCUGUAUGAGAGACUGGAGGAGGAGAGGAGGGCCAUCGUGGUCAACAUCCCUCUCUGCGUGGACAUGUGUCUCAACUGGCUGCUCAACGUCUACGACAGUGGUCGCAAUGGGAAGAUGCGCGUCCUCUCCUUCAAGACGGGACUGGUGAGCCUGUGCAAUGCGGAUGUUCAGGAGAAGUAUAAAUACCUGUUCAGGCAGGUGUCUGGUCCAGGGGGUCUGACAGACCAGCGUUACCUCACUAUGCUGCUCUAUGAAGCCAUCCAGAUCCCGCGACAGCUGGGAGAGGUGGCCGCCUUCGGGGGGAGCAAUGUGGAGCCCAGUGUACGCAGCUGCUUCCGUAUGGCCCCAGGGAAGCCAGCCAUCGAGGUAUCUCAUUUCCUGGAGUGGAUGAGCCUGGAGCCCCAGUCUGUAGUGUGGCUGGCUGUUCUACAGCGUGUGGCAGUGGCCGAGUCCGCCAAGCACCAGGCCAAGUGUUACAUCUGUAAACAGUGCCCCAUCAAGGGAUUCAGGUACCGCAGUCUGAAACAAUUCAACGUGGACAUCUGCCAGAUGUGCUUCCUCACGGGACGCACCACCAAGGGAAAGAAGCAGCUCCAAUAUCCCAUCAUGGAGUACUACACCCCAACCACCUCAGGAGAGAAGAUGCGGGACUUUGCCAAGACGCUGAAGAACAAGUUCCGGUCGAAGCAGUACUUCAGUAAGCACCCUCAGCGGGGUUACCUGCCUGUCCAGUCGGUGCUGGAGGCCGAGAGCUCUGACACGCCGUGCUCCUCUCCCAAGCUACCCCAUGCAGACACACACAGCAGAAUCGAGCACUUUGCUAGCAGGUUGGCGGAAAUGGAGAACCAGAAUUGUUCCUUCUUCACAGAUAGCCUGUCGCCUGAUGAGAGUCUGGAUGAAGAUCAGUACCUCCUGCGUCACUCCAGCCCCGGUACCCUGGACCAGGACUCCCCCAGCGGACAGCAGAUGCUGCUGGCCCACCUGGACUGUCAGGACAAGGACGAGCUGCAGAGAACGCUGGCCCGCCUGGAGAACGAGAACCGGGUGCUGCAGGGGGAGUGGCGGCGGCUGAAGUGGAGGCAUGAGGAGGCGGCGGCGGCGCCCCAGCUGACGGAGGGAGGUGAGGGUGUUCCGGGAUCUCCCACGGAGGGCCAGCAGGACGAGGAGCUCCUGGCCGAGGCAAGGGUCCUCCGGCAGCACAAGACUCGCCUGGAGACACGCAUGCAGAUCCUGGAGGACCACAACAAACAGCUGGAGUCCCAGCUGCACAGGCUACGAGAGUUACUGCUGCAGCCCAAAGACGAUUCGGAGGCCAAUGGGUCGGAACCUUCGUCCUUGUCAUCUCCGGUGUCAGGGGGAGGCCGUCAGGGGGACGGACCCAGUAGAGAGACCACAGACACAGAGGCAGCAGGAGAUGGAGAUGAGGAUCAUGACACAGUGCAGCAACUGCAGGAGGUCAUAGAGCAGCUGAGAAACGUCUUCCCUUCAGAACCUGGAACCACGUCACUCAUCUAACCCAGGGCGACGCUUGGAGUGCAGUGAUGCCUGGUGGGAUGCCUGAUGGCCCGUGCCCCUUAUAGCUGCCGUCAGAGGGACAGAGAGUGCACCAGGUCCUUGACCCAUACAGCAGCUCACCCAGAGCUGACCCCUCUCCCUCCCCCUGGACCUCUGUGCACUAACCACCCCUGUGGGAGCCAAAGGCUAACAGCUAAUGCUAACGGCCGGGCCAAGCACUAUGCUAACAAGCUAUGGCUAAUGUUAUGCUAUGGCUAAGCGGUGCAGCCAGACACUGUGUUAACCAGCUAAGAAGGCUAAGGAAGCUAACAGCUAACGUUAGCAGCCCAGCCAGGCAGAAACAGUUUUAGCUAGCUAAUCCACUACUGGCUAACGCUAGCAUCCCAGCCAUGACACUGUGCUAACCAGCGUCCGCGUAGUCGUCCGAAUGUGUGACGCUUUAUAUCCAUACAGCACAAGGACCUUCCACAAAAAGGACUCUUACACAAUGCAAAAAUGCGUGAGGAUUUCCAUCAUGUUUGUUCUAUCCAGUAACUGCGUGCGUUUGUGUUUUUCCUGUUUUCUAAUGCGUUUCAAACGUCUUUUUUUUUUUUACAAGGCGUUCAUGCGCACCACCGUUGACUCGAUUUGGGCCAGGCUGGCUGCGCUUCAUGCGGCUGUGAUCAGUCGGCUGGGCCAGGCGUACCCAGAGCAAA